AUGGAAGGAAAAUCACAAUUAUCACAUCUGCGGCGUUUCAAGAUACCAAAGAGCAUUGAGAGCUGCAGUCUCGAUGCCAUGGGCGUCUGUAAACCUGUUUCAAUCCUGCGUCGAGGCAAAAGGAAGACGAGACUGCUGGCAUCUAUGGGACUGCAGCUGAGAGACAUCCAGGUGUUGUUUCUGGUACUGAUGGUUGUGGCUGAACCGUUUCUUCGAUGUGCUGCUGCGGCUGGUGGCGUGGUCCCCCGAACGAGAAUGGCCACGCCGGCAGCUGGAAAUGAAUCCUUGGUGAUACUCACGAACUGCUUUCCCAGCGUUAUACUCGGUGGCUUGCUCAACACCUACACCUGCGAAGUUAACAAUGACCAAACACUGAUUGGUUUGAGCCUCUCCGCCUCGUACUACACCCCAGUCCUCAUUCCUGGAUGGCCGACGACUCUUGCCGAGGGAACCAAUAAAAUUACAUUCGUUCCUGAUCAUGGGGUGGCUUCAGGGCGUUGGAAAUUGGUAUUCACAUCGUUUUCUGAGAAUGAAAAAAAACACGUUCCUCUGACGACCAAUAAGAGCAUGGACUUCAUGGACAUCGGUGCG